ACUUCGAUAUAGAGGGCCCUGUCGAAUUCUUCUAUAUAUGUAGUUAGCUAACAAAAAGAGAGACCGUAGAAAAAUAAUAUGUCGAGCACGAAUGAAAGUGAAAUUAGUGAACGGUGGUAGGCAGUUCUCCGCCCGUUUACUUCUCACCUGGGCGUUGUCUCCUGGAGAACGAAUAUUACUUUCCAUUUCGAUACGCGAUCAUGGGUGAUAAUUCUAUGAGGUUAGAGAACUAUGAAGUGCUUAAAGCUCUCUACGAUUUCAAGGCUACGUUCGCGAAAACCCUCAGCUUUCAAGAGGGCGAUUAUUUUAUUUUAUAUCAGACCAAUACCAAACAAAGAAAUUGGUGGCAGGUCGUUAAUAGAGACGGCCAGAUUGGAUAUAUUCCCUCGAAUUACGUCACCACUGUAAAGGUAUCAUCUCAAGUAUUGAUCGAAUUUCUGGAAGACUGUAUUGGGAGUGUGAAGGCUGAAACUAAGAAACAGAGUGGAUUACACUUAGACAAGCAGGAUCUUCUUCUGAGAUUAAUAGAGAAAAAGAAACAAGCAGAAUCUAGUAAAAAACCUAAAAAGCAAGCUCCGAUGCCUCCAGACUUUGGAAAUACAACACCUAAUAAAGAAAUACGUUCAUCACCUGUUUGUAAUACUCAAGAGGGAGAUAUUAAUACUGUUCAGAGUAACACUUCAUACAUGACAGCACAGACAACUGUGCACAGUAAUACAGAACAGGAGGAAGCACCAGUUAUCCCACAAUGCCAACGCACACCUACAAACGAUCAAAGGAUGCAAUCCCUUCCACAUCAGUCUUCCUCUGAGUCACAGAAAAUUCAGGCAGAAGUUCGUAAGAGUCCCUCUCAGAGUAAUAUCAGACAGACUCCUACUAAUUCGCCUAUAAAGAAAAAAGGUUCAUUAUGUGAUAUUAACUCUCAUACUGCUUAUCAGUUACUUGACCAAGUACGUAGAAAUACUCAAUUAAGCUACGAAAUGUCAAAGGUAGCAGUGACGGUAGUUGUUUCUGGAUUGCAACAACUAUUGCCCCAAAAUGUGAGCUAUUAUUUUGAUGCCUUAUUGCAUCAGUUAGAAACGCCGUUCACGGUAUCGCAAAUGAGUAUAGAGGAAACAUAUGAUGCUAAUAGAUUGAAAGUAAUCUUUACAGAGCUUACUUCUUGCAAGGAAGAUUCUCAACAGAGAAAUUGGAUGCUUUAUGAAGAUGAAUCUAUUAUUGUUGAUUAUAUAAAAGAACUCACCUCUAUAUUGACUAACGCAGAUGCAAAUGUAUCUAGAUAUGUUUUACAACAGAAUCAAUAUAAUGGAGUUAAUAUAUUGAUACAAUAUUAUCAAAUGGAACCAAGAUGGACUAUUAGGCAAUUGCUCUUGCAGUCAUUUGGAGUAAUGUGUAGUCUAGAUUCUGUGAUCCUGACUAUAAUGUUAAAUAGUAUAUUGCCUAUGGAGUUAGCAAGAGAUAUGAGGAGCAAUCCUAGAAAUGUAACAAAAUUAAAUUAUUCUUCAUUAUUACUUACUAUGAUUUUUUCAAUGGGUGAACCCAUGCCAAUUACACAUUUGGAGCAAUUAGGUUCGGAAUUUAUAGCAUUUAUUUUGGACUUAAUAGAGAAUCCACCUGAUAUGGAUUUGGAAGAUCAAAUUCCGGAUUUGUUUGUAAAUUUAAUACUAUCGUACAAUUUACAAUUCACAAAUUCGGAAAAUAUAGUUCUAAAUGCAUUGAAAGAAAGAUCAGUGGCAAAGAACUUUACUGAAAAGAUUUUACUGUUAUUCAAUAGGGAAGAGGAUCCUGUGCGAAUAUUCGAUCAUGAACCACCGCCGCCGCAUUCUGUGCUGAAAUUAUUUAUUGAUCUGUUCAACAAUGAUGUCACAGCAGGUCUAUUCUAUACAAAUGACGUUAAAGUUCUAAUUGAUAUUAUAUUGCGCCAAUUAUAUGAUAUGUUUCCUGGUGAUAAGCGCAGACAAUACUUGGAAUUAUGUCGAAGAGUACUUCGUACUUCAAGUUAUAAUGAGCAUAAGUAUCGUUCAGAAGACCUAUUAAAAUGCUUUACAAGAAUAUUUUGUGAGGAGACUGGAGAAAGUCAGGAAGAUCAACAAUCAGUACGCGAAAUUAGCAAUGAAUUUCCCCAUUUGUUUAAAAUGUGACAUUUGUUGUCACCUCCCAGUAAUAAAAGCUUGGAGGAUGACGAUUUGCAAACUCUCGUAUAAGAAGAUUCCGGUACGUACAAUGAGGAGCAGCGACGAAGAAAAUCAAGUUACUGAUCAAAAAACUUCUUUAUUUUUCUAAUAUUUCUAUUUUGCAAAUAUUUUGCUCAGCUACUAUAUCAAAAACGCACACACGAUUCGCAGAAUCUUAUGAGCAUCAGAUUAUAUUUUUUUCUCGUUUUAAUCUUUCUAGUAAACAAUACUAUUUAUUCUAGUUAAAAAAGGAUACAAAAAAGAUAAAAAAGACACAUAAAUCAGCUUUUAGAAAUUAUUAUAUAUUGUAUAUACAUACAUAUAUAGAUAUGUAUAUGUGAGAAAAAAACUUUUUCUCGUUCUAAGCAUGAGGACCAUUGGAAAUAGCAUAUAGAAUCAUUCCAAGUACCGUGAUAGUAGAUAAAUAAAUUAGUGUACAUGAAAGUAGUCUGAUUGCACGAAUAAAAUAUCGAAUUAAAAAAGUAUCUGAAUUACUGCUCUGAUAUAAUAUUAAAUAAAAGUUUGAUUGCAUAGUGGGAACAUCUAUAAAAGUUCUCUGUGAAAAUGCUUCAACGCUCGAAUAAAGGAUUUCAAUCCUAAUCGAACCAGUUAUACUCUAUUAUCUCUGUAAAUUGUCUAGUCCGCGUCUGUGCAAGUAAUAUUCUAAGUCAUGCAUUAUUUCUUCAGUUAUGUUUGAUCCUCUCUUGUCAACACGCAUUAACAAGUUUAUAAAUUUAUUUAGCAAGAGAGAGAGAGAGAGAGAGAGACGGAGAGAAAGAGAGUUUUAAGACUCUCAUAAUUACGACCAUAGGAUUUCUAAAACAAGUUGGUCGGAAUAAAAUUUCAUAGUUUAUUAGUGCCACUAUUUAUAGUUAUCGAACUUUCUAGUCUAUUAUUAGCUACUCUAUUUUUUUAAAAGUAUUAUACUGCGUUACGUUUAUUAAAGUUAUGACUAUUAAGAUGUCAAUUACAAAGAAAUCUCAAAUUAUUGUGAUUAUGAAUCAAAUGUUAAAGAAAUAAAAAGUCUAGGCGAAUAA